AAGGUCGUUAUGAACAGGGAUGUCCUGGCCGGCUCGAAUUGUCAUUUCUACACCUACACAACUUAUUAAUCCCUAUUCUUUCCUUGCUUUCAAUGUUCAAAUGCUGUUAGGAGAUGGCCACCUUUUCCCUUGAUUGAUAACUUGGAAUUUGUACAUAUUUCAGAUCGUUCCUUUAAUAGCUUUUUUUCCAACAUGAACGGUCAUUUCUCUUCUGUCGGCGACCAGCCGGCCAAAGCUCAUUACGAGCAUGGCAUUCAAGUUAUUGACGAGGAUAAGGAGUUCAAUUCGAACAUCAAUUCCUACUUACAAGCAACGGAUGUGGCCGAUGCUGGGUUCAACUAUCACCUAAUAUCUGUAUUUGGAUCCCAGUCUACCGGAAAAUCGACGCUUCUCAACAACCUCUUUGGUACGGAGUUCAAUGUGAUGUCUGAAAGUGAACGUCGCCAAACAACGAAAGGAAUAUGGAUGUCUAAGAACAAAAAGGGGUCUAUGGCCGACAAUAUCCUCGUUAUGGACGUAGAGGGCACGGAUGGCCGAGAAAGGGGCGAAGACCAGGACUUCGAAAGGAAGAGUGCACUAUUCGCACUAGCAACCAGCGAAGUGCUUAUCGUCAACAUAUGGGAGCACCAAGUCGGGUUGUAUCAAGGAGCCAAUAUGGGCUUAUUGAAAACUGUCUUCGAAGUCAAUCUCCAAAUAUUCUUGAAGGAUAAACAAUCUACCCCUAGAUCUCUUCUCUUUUUCGUCAUCCGAGAUCAUAUUGGCCAUACUCCCCUGUCGAAUCUUCGAAAUACCCUAAUUCAAGAUCUCACUAAAAUCUGGUCCUCCAUCUCGAAACCUGCCGGUCUUGAGAAAGCACAAAUAGAAGACUACUUCGACUUCGCAUUCGCUGCGCUACCUCAUAAGAUCUUACAACCGGACAAGUUCGAGAGCGAAGUCAAAAAUCUGGGAGGCAGGUUCGUCGCUGGAAACAGGAACUCCAAGAAUCAGUUGGAGCAUGGCGAACAAGAGCUCGCAGGGGGCGUCUUCUUGCCCGAAUAUCACCGAAGAAUUCCCGCCGACGGUUUCUCUCACUACGCGGAAGGUAUCUGGGACCAGAUUGUGAACAACAAGGAUCUUGAUUUGCCAACGCAGCAGGAACUCCUUGCUCAGUUCCGUUGUGACGAGAUCUCGCGAGAAGUUCUCUUAGCUUUCGACGACGCCAUCAGCCCGUUAGAGGAACAACAAGCAGAGGCCACUCGCAGUGGAAAGCCAGUUGUCCUACCAAAUCUUGGUAGCACGGGUCGCUCGACUAGGGAGAAAUGCGUCAAGUCUUUCGAAACACAAGCCAGUCGUUACCAUAAGAAGGUUUACUCCCUCAAGCGAACUGACUUGGAAACUAAGAUCGACCAGCGUCUUAAAGCACUAUACCAGGGACAGCUAUCCUCUCUUCACAAAACUGGCGUGACCACGUUUAGCGAUGAUGUAACUAGUGCCGUGAAAGCGGGCCAGAAGUCCGGCGGUGCCUACGAAUUUGCUGAUAUCGUGGAAACGGCGAAGACCAAAUCUCUAGAGAUAUUUAGGAAGGAAGCGCAGGGCCUGUUAAUCGAGGGUGUGGCGUGGACCAACUUUAAGCCCCAGUACGUCCUCUUCGAAAAGGAACUCGAUCAAGUUAGUUCUCGCUUGCGAAAGGAAGAAAUGCGAAGACUGGCGACUCGAGUCGAACGUUGGGUUAAGUCUCGCCUAGGCGAUUCCGUCGGACUCGAGUUCAACAAACUAGGAUCAGGAAGGGGAGGUUCUGGAGCCCCCGAGACCGGUGAGAAGCCUGCCACCGAAAAGGAUCUCUGGGAUCGUAUCUGGAAUCUCUUUACGUCUAUCGUCAAGGAAGCCGAGGGCCGGUUCGCAGAAAGAGCUAAGAGUUUCGAGGCAAGCGAAGAAGAGGUUCAGGUCGGAUUAUGGCGUCUGCGAAGGAAGAGCUGGAUAGCACUCCGAGAGAAAAUCGAGGAGGAGGUGAUGGAAGGGAACAUUCUCCUCAAGCUUAGAGAGAAUUUUGAGGACAAGUUCCGCUACGACGAAGCAGGUGUUCCCCGAAUAUGGCGACCUGCUGAUGAUAUCGAGGGCAUCUACACGCGCGCUCGAGAAUCGACGCUAACCCUUAUUCCGCUCCUUUCGAAGUUUAAGCUUCUCACAACUUCCUCUCCGCCGGAUCUAAUAGAGUUCAUUGGCACCCAACCUCCCGGGGUUGAGCCUGAGGAUGAGGACGACCUCGCACCCAUCGGCGGUAUUGACGAAGAAGAUGGAAAGAGCUUCGAAGAAGAGGUGACUGUCUUGAGCGAAGCCAAGCGUCAAGAUUUGGUUGUCAGGUUUAAGAAGACUGCCGAUGGUGUGUAUUUGGAGGCCAAACGAAGUGCGAUUGGUGGAAUUACACAAGUUCCUUUGUAUUUCUAUGGAUUACUAUUGGUGUUGGGUUGGAACGAGAUUCUAGCUGUCCUGCGUAACCCCAUUCUAUUCAUGAUGCUGAUCGUCAUUGCCGGCGGGCUCUACAUUUCUUAUAGCCUCAACCUCUUAGGCCCCAUGAUGCAGAUGAGCAGUGCGGCGUGGAACCAAGCCAUCGACAUCGGCAAGCAGCGUCUCCGAGACUUCCUCGAGAAUAACCAGACCGCCAGGCAAGCUAUCGGGAUGCAAGGUCGAGAUAGCGACUCGAUCAGCAUGGACACUCUAGAUAGCAGGGGCAAGAAACAAUCGCGAGCGGCCUCGGCGGAUGACGAUGGUUUCUAGUAGAUUUACACGGUAUUCACAAAAGAAAAAACACUAAGGGGGUAGGAUAUAGUAGUAAAGGCACUUCCCAUCGGAUAAUUCCCUAAUCAA